ACCAGCGGAUGAUGCGAGAGCGCGCACUCGGAGAACAGAGGACGGACGGACGGACGCAAGGCGAUGCCAGGAGCAGGAAACCAUAGGCUCUGACGGUCCAGCUGUUUAUGGGUGCGCGUUCAUUUAGAAUAUCAGUAGCUUUUAAUUUGACUCAACUGGCACAUUUAUUUUUAAUCUAAAGCACGCGGUAUCCGCCCUCGUUGUUGCGACUUAGCAGCACAAUUGGUCGAGGAUGCAUUUUCACGUCGACGCUAUUUGGCUCUAAGUGCAGAGAAGCAUGUGUUGGAACAAUGUCGGAGGAAGAUCCGCAGUCAUGACAACAAGAGGACGAGGGUUCGCUGAAGUCUAGAUAACGACAGAGGUCCACUCGGGCUCUGCGGCUCAUGUUUUUCUUUGGUCGGGUAUUUGCAUGCCACAAACCUGAUCGGAGCUAUAUAGAGCAAGGCCGACAGCCCGUGGCGUCCGUGGGCAUGAACGCCGUGGGAAUGAGGGUACCGACGUGACGCACAGUGCAGCGGGGACGUCAUCGAGUGGACGGAGGUCCAGCAGAGAGCCCUCAUCAGUGGAGCAGGAGGUGGGGUGGGGGGGGCGCCCAGUUGUUGUUGGACCCCAAAUGACUGCUUCACUGUCUGCUGUAUCACCCGCCAUUGCCUAAAGAAGAUUGCAUUGGUUUUUAUGCACCGGCCAGUGUAGUGGAGGGAGCAGAGAAACAGGAGGAUGGAGACGCAGUGAGCGAGGAGAAGAAGGAGGAGAAUUGACGGCUCUCCUAACGCGGCUGGUGGUGUGACAACCCGACUCUUCCUUCCCGGCAUGGCGGUGUCGUUGUGCUUCUUGGGCGUGUGCGUGCUUAUUUUGGCUCAUGUCACCCCUUCCAGUCAAGCCAUGUCCCGGGCCGCCAUGCCAUUCGGACUGUUGCGCAGGGAGCUGGCUUGUGAGGGUUACCCCAUUGAACUGCGCUGCCCGGGAAGCGAUGUGGUGAUGGUGGAGACCGCCAACUAUGGACGCACCGACGACAAGAUUUGCGACGCAGAGCCUUUCCAGAUGGAGAACACUCAGUGUUACCUUCCAGAUGCACUGAAGAUUAUGGCUCAGAGGUGUAACAACAGGACGCAGUGUGUGGUGGUGGCAGGGGUAGACGUUUUCCCAGACCCUUGUCCUGGAACAUACAAAUAUCUGGAGAUCCAGUACGAGUGUGUCCCUUACAAAGUGGACCAAAAAGUUUUCGUCUGUCCCGGAUCACUGCUCAGCAUCCAGCCACCUUCCUCUCAGCUGGAGGCAGAACAUCAGUCAGGGGCGUGGUGUAAGGACCCCUUGCAAGCUGGUGAUAGACUAUACGUUAUGCCAUGGACACCGUACAGGACCGAGGUGCUGUAUGAAUAUGCUUCCUGGGACGACUACCGGCAGAACCGUGUCACCACUACCUAUAAACUGCCAAGUCGUGUCGACGGGACAGGUUUUGUGGUGUAUGACGGCGCCGUGUUCUAUAACAAGGAACGAACACCCAACCUGGUCAAGUACGACCUGCGGACACGCAUUAAGAGUGGCGAGGCGGUGGUGGUCAAUGCUAACUACCAUGACACGUCGCCUUACCGCUGGGGAGGGAAGUCAGACAUCGAUCUGGCAGUGGAUGAGAACGGCCUCUGGGUGAUCUACUCCACUGAAGCCAAUAAUGGACGCAUUGUGGUCAGCCAGGUGAACCCGUACACCCUGCGCUUUGAAGGCACGUGGGCCACGGGCUUUGACAAACGUGGGGCGAGCAAUGCUUUCAUGGCCUGCGGCGUGCUGUAUGCGGUGCGCUCGGUCUUCCAGGAUGACGAGGGGCAGGCGGGCGGCCGCGUGGGCAAUGAUAUGGUGGUUUAUGCCUAUGACACCAGCCGGGGGCAAGAGCUGCCCAUUCAGAUACCCUUUCCCAAUCCCUAUCAGUACAUCUCUUCUAUAGACUACAACCCUCGAGACAACCAGCUCUAUGUGUGGAAUAACUAUUAUGUUCUACGAUACCCGCUUCAGUUCACGCCGCCCCCACCAACUAAAGGUCCCCUUUCUUCUCUGAUGACAACGGUCCGCUCUUACACAGCUACAGUUGCACUGACUCCCGUGCGACCAUCAGCCUCCCACCCAGUGGGCGUCAUCAACCGAGGUCCUUUUGACCAGAGGCCAAUCACAGCCAUGGUCCCCCUAACGCCCCGACCCCCUUUGCGAGUCCCCUUGGCCCCUGGGGGCCCUGGGCAAGUGGGUGGAUGCGAAGGAAGAGUGGCCGCAGGGGUACAGUGGCCCCCUACUCUGAAAGGGGAGACAGUGGAGAGGCCCUGCCCCAAAGGCUCGCUGGGUAUAGCGUCAUACGAGUGCAUGAUGUUGCCAGUGAGCUGGAGCUCCAGAGGUCCUGACCUCUCAAAUUGUACUUCUCCUUGGGUCAGCCAGAUUGCACAAAAGAUUAAAAGUGGUGAGAAUGCAGCAAACAUAGCCGGGGAGUUGGUCAACCUGACCCGAGGACGUAUCUAUGCUGGUGAUGUCAGCAUGUCUGUAAAACUAAUUGAACAGCUACUGGACAUCUUGGACUCCCAGCUUCAAGCCUUGAGACCAGCCAAUAAAGAGUCUGCGGCCCGCAAUUACAAUAAGCUGCAGAAAAGGGAACGCACAUGCAGGGCUUAUGUACAGGCUGUGGUUCAAACAGUGGAUAAUCUGUUGGGUCCCGAGGCUCUGGUAUCCUGGGCUGACAUGAGCGGUCCUGACCAGUCCCGCUCUGCAUCACUGCUGUUAGACGCGGUUGAGAAAGGAGCGUUCUUAUUGGCCAACAACCUCUAUGAAGGUCGAUUCAGUGACAGAGCACCAAACGUCGAUCUGGAGGUGUAUGUGCUAAACACAGAGGCGGACAUACAGGACCUAACGUUCCCACACUCCUACGACAGCGACAGCAUCUUGCAGAUCUCAGCCGUGGCCCUGCAGCAGUACAGCAAUAAUGGCCAAGUGAAGUUGGUCCUCUGUCUGUAUAAGAACCUGGGCACCUUCCUGACCACCCAGAACUCCACCUUGCGGCUCGGACUCGGACUUGGACAGGGCUCAGACGUCAGGCGCAGGAGCCUGGUGGUCAACUCCCACGUCAUCUCAGCUUCUGUGCACAGAGGCUCCAACAGAGUGUUCCUCUCUGAGCCCGUGGUGUUCACUCUCAGGCACCUGCAGCUGGACAACCACUUUGGUCCCAACUGCUCUUUCUGGAACGCCUCAGGGGUUUCUGGCACCGGCAGGUGGUCCACACAAGGAUGCCGCAUGUUACACACCAACAAUACACACACAACAUGCGCCUGCAAUCACCUGUCCAGCUAUGCCGUACUCAUGACAUACCAGCAACCUGCUUCUGGUGUGGGAGUAGAGGAGCUUCUGGUCUACAUCGUCUCCUGGGUGGGCAUCUCUAUUGCCGUGGUGUGUUUGGCCACCUGUCUCACUACCUUAUGCUGUCAAGCGGCACCCUGGCACACAGACCACAGCACCAUCCACUGCAACCUGUGGGCCAACCUGCUCAUAACUGAGCUGCUCUUCCUUGUCGAAUCCAAUAAGACGCAAUAUACCGUGGUGUGCUCCAUCAUUGCCGGGCUGCUGCACUUCUCAUUGCUCUCGGUGUUCUGCUGGCUAUGUCUGGAAGCGGUGGAGCUGUACAUUUUGCAACGUGAGGUGUUUGAGGGUCGUAACUCCAGGCGGAAGUAUUUGUACCUGAGUGGCUACUCUGUACCCGGGCUGGUGGUGGCUGUGUCUGCAGCCAUUGACUUUAGAGGCUACGGCUCCAAAACGUUCUGCUGGCUGCGAACGGACAAUUACUUCAUUUGGAGUUUCCUUGGACCCGUGGCUGUUAUUAUCACUCUUAACCUUGUAAUCUUAGUGAUGACUUUACAUAAGAUGCACAGCACUGCGGCCCUCAAGCCAGACUCCAGUCGCCAUGACAACUUGAGGGCGUGGGCAGUGGGCUCAUUGACGCUGCUCUUCCUGCAAUGUGUCAACUGGUCGUCGGGCCUGAUGUUUUUGUCGGCGCCUUCUCUCCUCUUGGCUUACCUCUUCGCCUCCCUUAAUACAGCGCAGGGCUUCCUCAUCACCAUCCUGCACUGCACCCUCACCAGAAAGGGUCAGAAAGACUACGGCCGAUGUGUGCGUCUCUCCCAGUGCUGCGCAACCUCUUCAUCCAGCUCUCCGGACUCGGUCAAGGGUGCCGCGCUGCGCUCCAACAGCCGCUACAGCAGCAGCCAGGGGCGCAGAGCCACGGCCAACAGACAGAGUCGUAUUAGGAGGAUGUGGAAUGACACGGUGCGAAGACAGACUGAGUCAUCUUUCAUCGCCGCUGAUGUCAACAGCACCCCACCUCUUAACAGAGCUGCAUUGGGGAAUCAUUUCCUGACCAAUCCAGUGCUGCAGACUCAUGCAGGCGCCUCUCCUUAUGACACCAUGUUGGCACAGGGAUACAAUCAACCCUUCACCUCCUCGGUGGGAACCUUCCGAAACAAGAAAGUUGGUGUGUCGCAAAGUCAGGAGUCCUGUGGAGUGGACAGUGUGUGUCUCAACGGAGGCUACACUCCCAAUACCUUCACCCUACAUGGACUGGGGGCCAUGCCUGGAUCCCGAGCCGGAGUGGUGGGUAGCACAGACCUUCUGAAGGACGGAGGAGUCGGGAUGGGAAGUGAUGACAUCUCCCCCGCCCUGCUGACCCCGCACGGAGCCGCAGAUCUGGGCACCGGCGCCGGAAUGCGUCGCAACCUGUCUGACGCGGCUGCACUGGAGAAGAUGAUCAUCUCUGAGCUGGUGCAGAGCAACCUGAGGCCUUCGGGCGACAUACCCGCCCCUCCCGAGCGCUACGGAAGCCUGGCGAGGCCUCAUCAUCUGGACAGGGCGGCCCUCGCUCACACUGCCACGCUGACGCGGCACGCACAGCAACCUCAGGAGGGCUGGGCGGCCACCAUGCAGCCCGCAACUCGACACAACGCACAAGAAGGUUGGCCACAUUUGAGGCACCACCUACAAAGUGCUGAGACGCAUUCCACGUCGCAUGAACAAGAACAUGGCACAACACCACGUGCACAAGAUGGCUGGUCGCACGCACGCACACCGGCAGAUGCUGAGUCCCGCGAAUUGCUUAAAGAUGGGGAGAGGCUGCAGCUGCAAGGCACUCUGGGUCGUCGGGGGCUCCAGGAGAGGCAACAACCACGCCCCCCUGAUGUUCAGGCUCGGCCAUACUCCACGCUCAGCCGCACCCCCGGCACACUGUCCCGCCACCGCAGCACGGCAGAGUCGGGUGGAGGGACGGACAAAGAAAGGGAGCGAGACCGGGAUCGUUACAGAGACAGACCCUUGCCGCCGCCUCCCCCGCCACCCCCACAGGAGUCCGAGCCCUUGUACAAAGCGCUGGAGGAGCCGCUUCUGGUCAAACAGAGGGAGGCCAGUGUAGACGCUUGGCGAGGGGCGCAGGACAGGGAGAAGGAUGAUGCAUUUCUCCUCAAAAGAGAUGGACUUAUGGACGAGUGGAGGGGAGGUAACAGAGCAAGGGAGGAGUCUUUCAGCUCUCAAAAGAGAAAUGGGGACAUGGCUGAGUGGAGAGGUGGAAUGGAGAGAGGAAGGGAGGAACCUCAUCUCCUGGAGAAGAGAGACGGAAGGAUGGAUGCAUGGCGAGGAGCAGAGACGGACCGGGAAGAAACGUUCAUUACGCAGCGAAAAGAUUUUGGGGUCGAUGGCUGGAGAGGCGGGAUCGAGAGAGACAAGGACAGAGAUGGUUGGAGAGCGGGAUUUGAACGAGAGAAUGACAAGCAGAAAGACAGAGUGCUGGAUGUGUGGCGUGGAGGGGUCGAUGUAGAUAGACAGGAGUCUUUCUUGCUUGACAGCAAUGACGGCGGUCUUGAUGGGAGGAAAAGAGGAAAAGAGAGAGGCUCUCUCAGGUACCAUGGCGACCGAGAGGACUCCGACGGCUUUACUUUGCCUUUGACCCCUGAUCUUGACCUCGACCCCGACACCUCACCUAUCUACGCCCAGGAUUCAAACCCGUCACCACUGUACCCCGGAGACCGUCGCUCGCCGCCUCUCGGUUUCUUCCCGCGAAGUUCACCCCCAACUAAUAUCUUUGCUCCCCGAGACACUAAUUCUCCUCCCAACAAUCUCUACCCCCGCCACUCCCCCCAAGUGUACAGCCGCAGUAGUUCGCCUCCUCGCUUCUACAGCCGCACCUCGCCGCCAACACUCUCCUACCCUGACAGUAGCCCCGAAGGUCUAGAAGAGCUCAGCCCUGCCAGCCCACCCCAGCAGCCCGCCCUGGAGCUGCCCUACAGCCUCGGGAGACCCCCUCUCGGCCCACGUCCCAAUCACCUGCAGACCUUUUAUCAGCCGCCGCCGCCGACUAACGGAGACGCCAUGUACACAUCUGAGCCAUCUUCGGAAGGAGACGACGGUCAGAUGCAGCGGGUGACGAGCCUGUGACUAGGGCGGUGGUGAUCGGGGCAUAGAAAUCAGGGAGGCGGAGAAAAGCACAACCAACAGUGUUGAAAACUAGCAUUUUCUAAUGAGGACCCAAUGAAGGUUACGACGAUGCCAGAGAUGGCUCCUCCCUGCUUUUAUCUCCCGAUCACCACGAGACUCCCCCUUGCCCCGUUCUCAUUUUUUGUUACUUUCCUAGAAGUGUGACUCAUUGGUCGUAACUCUUCCUCAGCGUUCCUUCCCUGAACCCCUGCUGUGUCUUCCUGCUUCAUCAGUACUUUCUUAUUGGCCCACGAUCUGACUUUGUGUCAGUCAACCGGCUGGGUUGCACCCCUCCUCGUAGCAAGAGAACAGUGUCGUGACGGAUCAAAGCACUUGUGUGUUGCCAAAAAAAAAAAAUCCUUUCAAAGAACACGUGCAUGACUUUCUAGUGGCUCUUACGAGACCAUGCGUUCUGUACGAAGGAAGUGUUCAAGUGCAAGUGAAUGAAUGUGUGUGUAGCUUGAUGAGCAUGCGUGUGUGAAAGGUCUGUGUGUGUGAGAGUGUGUAUAUAUAUACAUAUAUACAAAUCUUUUAUGAUUAAUGUAUCACAGAUUAAUGUAUCACAGAGGAGCAUUUUAGCAUUGUCAAUGGAGGUGGGCCCUCCUUCAGAUUUUCAACUUGUUCCAUCACAUCAAGACCAAAACUUGUCCUCCAGUCGCUAUUAACUGUUGGCAAUGGAAGAGUUUUCAGCGGCGUCGUCAUAGCAACAGGACUAUUGUCUCCAGAGCAGAUCAUGUGAAAUGAAACCACAGAACUUUUUCUGCAACCCCUGAGAUUCUUGUACAUACUACCCUCAAGUGUUCUAAUUGUCUUGUAUUGCUAUUGAAGUUCGAGUAAACGUGAAAUUAA